UUGAAUCUUAAGAAAGAGUCUGGGAUGAAAGAUUUAACUACUAACGACUUAGACUUAGUCUUCGAUAAGCAAAAUUUGGAAUGUCCAGCAGUCGUACGAGAACGACUGUUUCAAGGAAGAAAUGAUAUAUCUACGGAUGUUUGGUCAGCUCAAAAUGGGUACAGUUGGUUUGUAAAUCGCCACGAUCUCUAUGUUUGGAAUCAGGUGUCCAAACUAAAAAUCCUUCAGUUCUCGUUACCUACCACAGGAUUACCAUAUUCAGCUAAUUCUAUAGCAGUAUUCAAGAAAGACAGAAAAGCUGGAGUGCUAGCCGUCUCUGGAGAAGGAUGUGUUCGGUAUUGGGCAUCUCUCAGUUCAAAUCAGUUCUUUGAAACAACAUUAGACUUAUCCAAAGAAGUAGUUCUUUCCGUCCAAGUUCUGGAUCAUGAGUCUUCAGCUUCACCUAAUAGCUUACUUUUCUUGCUCUCAACUACUUCGGGAUCAGUUUGGAUAUUACGGGCUGAUUUCCAAGAUGGAUCACUUAGCUCACUUAAGGUUGGAGGACGCGACGAGAAGGGAAUAACCCGAAGAUUAUCGUCCAUUCUCUUCGGAUCUUCUAAAGCGUCUAUGGAAGCUUCAAGGGUGAUAAGAAGUUUGGUCUAUUGGAGAGAAAGUGAGGAAGUCGAUCAGCAUAAUGACUCCGUGUACGAUCCCGUUGCUUUGACUUUAUCAUCGAAUACCCUACAAGCUUUCGACAUAAGAGGAAGAGCUCUUCUUUGGAGUUACUCUAAUGUUACUCUCAUGGACCGAAUAGAAUCUACGCUCAAACGCAUAUCAAUGACUGAAAUUCUUGAUGUUCGGGUAUAUUUUCUGGACAUAGCUUGCUUCCGUGAGGGAUUCUUGGUUCUCUUAGGAGCAACACAUGAAUCAGCCAAUAAUAUCACGUUUUUCUUAGCUCAUCUGGAGGGUGGUGAUUACACAGCUCCUCAACUUGGUUGGUCUUCUCACAUUCCAAUCAGCUCUUCUUGUUCCCAUCACUUUGAUGUUAUGGACGAGUCAUCCUUUGUGGGAAGGGUUAAAUUGUUUGUUCCUCAAGAAACAGGACAAUCUUCAACUUGUGAAAGAACUGAUGGUGUACUGAUAAUAUAUGCUGGAUAUGUACAAUCUGUAUAUGUCCCCAAUGAUCUCGGACGAAUAAACGAGCUACCUCUCAACAAAAUGCUUCUAUCAAGCGAGAAAAUAAUUGGAGAAUCUGUAGAUGAAAGAUAUUGCUAUAUUAUGACAAACAAUGGUGUUGUCUCAGCCCUGAGACUUCUUCCGAAAGGGUUUGAGGAAACAGGUCUCCAUGAGGUUUCGUUCAGUGAUGUUAUCCCUGAUAUAGUUCCUGAAAACUCAAAAGUGGACGCAUUCCAUAAAGCUUAUGCCCACUUCGCGAAAAAAGAUAUUGCAAAAGCUAGUGCUCUUAUGAAACCUCUUCUUUCACUCAAAAACAAUGAUCUUGCAAGUUUAGCUUGCAAAUAUCUAUUCAACUUAAUCGAUCAAACCGAUUCUGAUUGUCUCGUAGAGAAUGAGCUACGCAAGAAAAAAAGGCAAUGCCAAGGAGUUAUUUUAUUCUUAAAACAGAUGGACAUUUAUGAGAAGGUCAGAACAGGCAAAGUGAAUGUAAACGGUUCUCCUAAAUCCGGUGCUGCUUUCUUAGCACAGAUGUAUGAACAAGUUCACAUUGCUGUAGCCAUACGUGAAUGGCAGACAUUAACUGAAGAUAAUGAUUUUGCCCUCAACAUGAUCAGCGAUAUCGUCGGUAAGAUGUAUGGAGUUCAAGGCGAUGCAGAUAGUAUUAUUCUCGGCAAACUCUCAAAUUUGAGUGAUGUGCCAAGAGCAACUCUGAAAGCCAUGGAAGAGCUAUCGAAGAAAACCUGUGAUGAACGAUUUGUAGUCCUUCAAAUCGCAGCAGAUCUUUUCCUUGCAAUAGCCACCGCUAUAACAAACUGCAGAAGAUCUACUGCUAGUGUCACUCUAGUACCUGGCGAAGAGCUAUGGACAGGUGGAUCAUUCGCUGAUACAUUUGAUGCUCUUGCAAUAACACUACUCAAUGAGCUGAGAAGCGCAACUCUGGGUAGAACUGAAAGCGCUAGACUGAAAGAUUAUGCUGUUAGGUUGACAAUGUUUAAUCUUGGAGAACGUACAGGAAGAAUAGAAGGACAUCCAACUUUGGUUGCUCUAUAUACGUUGGGAGAGGAAAAAAUAGCUCUUGAUCUCGCUGAACGAUUUAAAGAUUUUAAACUUCUCUGCCGUAUUUGUUUGGAGUAUGAGAAGGGUCUCCGUGAUGAACGUUUAGAAACUUACAAAAAGAGAUUCGCUGACGACGACUUCGAUAUUUAUUUGUGCCAAUAUUUAAAGAAUAAAAAUUUAAAUGAAGAGCUUCUAGAGCAAAAAGGAGAACGCGUUGAUGGAUUUUUGUCUUCUCUCGAUACCAUGAGAUGGAGGAGAGAGUUACAAAACAAACAAUUUGAUAAGGCUGGUCGUUCUUUACUCAGCCUUGCUGAUCGUGAGGAAGACGACGCUUGGAAACAGAAGGCUUAUUAUUCACUUGCCAAACUAUCUGCUCUUUGCUCCGAAAACAGAGAUGAAGAAGUGAUCUCUAUGUGUAAUGAAAAGUUAUCUCAGCAGGCAUCAUGA